CAAAUCAUUUCAAACACCUAAAGUGAAGCAGAGAUUCUUUCCACGACGAAUACACAAGAACAACAGUCUGAAAGAAAAAAGAAAAAUGAGAUGCAACAAGAGGACAGCGGAUCCAGAGACGGAUCAGACACCCAAGUCCCACCGAACAUCACCCGCCACCACUCCUGCUGAGAGCACAGGACAAGAGGUUAAAAGAUUAAAGAGACAGAGUGACAUCAGCCAAGAAAAAAAGGAUGUAAAGAAAAAGGACAUUGAGGAUGACAAAGGAGAGAAACAAACUGACUGUGUUCCACAACAGUCGAUCUCCUUGAAGAAACUCUGGAAUGUGGAGAACAGUUUGGCUUUAGGGAAAGAGAUGCUACCUGUUUUCAACAAGUCAUCCUCCUCCUCCUCUCUCCAGACCUACCUCCCUUCCCACACUGUGUCUUCUUCCUCCCUGUCAAGGAGUCAGGCCCAUAAAUCAAGGGAAUUAAGCCUUGGACCUAAUCUGAGCUUUCUGCCUCCGAUUGAGAAAGAGCUGUUUACAUUGUUAACAGAUGCCAACUUGUACUGCAGGACGAGGAGAUACGCAGUAGCUGUUAAAUCCCUCUGCACUGCCCUGCAGCUUUCCUCUAAAGGCCAUGUGCUGAAGGACACGCACUGUGCAGAUCCUAACGACAUCGAACUCGUCUUCAGCUACAUCGAGGCGCGGCUCGUUGUCUGCUAUCUGAGGAUGAAGAAACCACAGCUGGCCCUCAUACAUGCGCACAGGUCAGAGGACUCAACAGACCGCUGA